UGCAUUGAGUAGCAGUGUCUUAUCUGCAGCGCUAUGCCUGACAAAAAUCUUUAAAACGUUCGUUCUAACUGUUUGAAUAAAAUGGCUUUUAUCACUCAUUGUUGGACAUUAGAUAUCCUAAUUACCCUAGUUUGUGCAUUAAUGGUGGCUUACGUCUACCUUACGAAGAGUCACAGUUAUUGGAAAAAACGUGGAGUUAAAUCAGUUCCUGAGCCAAAUAUUUUUGGUAACUUUUCAGACUGCCUUUUUGCAAGAAAACCAUUGCGAGAUUUUCUCAGCAACGUUUAUUUUGUUGGCGAAGGAGAAAAAUUUAUUGGAUUUUACGUAUUUGAUAAACCAUUUUUAAUACUUCGUGACCCAGAAGCAAUUAAAAAUGUAUUGGUUAGAGACUUUAAAAACUUCUCAAACAGAUGCGUGGCACCAAAUCACAGUGAUUACAUUGGAAAUGUGAAUAUUUUUUCGUUAAGAAAUCCAGCGUGGAAAGUUCUUCGGCAAAAGCUAUCCCCUGUUUUUACAUCUAGCAAACUCAAAAAUAUGCUAGAUCUUAUCGUAGAAACAGGUGUAGAUUUGGAUACUCAUCUUCAAAAUAUUAUUUCUAACGACGAAUGGAACGUCGUAGAAGUGAAGGAAUUAUGCGAAAAGUUUACAACAGACGUUAUUGGUUCGACAAUGUUUGGAUUGAAGCUAAAUGCAUUAAAUAACCCUAAGGCAGAGUUUCAUAAUGAAGGAAAGAAGCAUUUCCAAAAUAGUUAUGGUCGAUAUUUUAGUUUAUUGUCGAUGUUUUUUAUGCCUCAACUGGCCAAGUUGUUUGGAAUUACCUUCUUCGACCCAGACGUUCCAAAUUUCUUCAAACGCGUCAUACCCGAAGCUAUGAAUGAAAGACAAAAAGAUGGUAUCAAACGAAAUGAUCUUCUAGACGUUUUUAUGGAAAUGAAAGAAAGCUUCGAGGAUGAGAAAAAUGAUCUUCAUUAUUAUUUUCAAGUUAACGGAUUAGUGGCCACAGCUAUUGUAUUUUUCACGGGCGGCUUCGAGCCAUCCGCCUCGAUGAUGUAUCUUGUUUUGUACGAAUUAUCCAAACAGUCGGAGAUACAAGAUAAGUUAAGAAAAGAAAUUCUCGACGCACUGGAGGAAACUGAGGGAAAAAUCACAUACGACAUGAUGAUGAAUUUACCUUACCUAGACAUGGUCGUUUCGGAAGGUCUAAGAAAGUAUCCGCUGCUCCACUUUCUAGACAGAGAAGCGGAACAUGAUUACACGUUUCCCGAUACGGACGUAACGAUUGACAAAGGAACUCCAAUCAUCAUUCCCAUGAGUGCCGUUCAUAUGGAUCCGAAACACUUCCCCGAUCCUCACGUUUUCGAUCCUCAGCGAUUUUCGCCGGAGAAUAAAAGAAAAAUCGCCCCGUUUACGUACUUUCCUUUCGGAGAAGGUCCGCGGAAUUGCAUCGGAAUGCGGAUUGGAUUGGCGCAGUCGAAAAUCGGACUGAUGCAGAUUCUCUCGAAGUACGAAGUCGCGCCGUGCAAGGAAACACCGAUCCCCCUGGAAUUCGACAGUUACACCCUGUUCACCAAAUCUAGGCACAACAUGAAACUGAACGUUCGAAGAGUGCGGAGCAUUUGAUUUACCGAAUGUAGUCGAGUAGUAUUUUCGAAUAAAUUAUGCAGGAAACUCUCUGGUA